AUGCCGAUCCGUCCUCUCGACGAAUGGACCGUGGGCCGCACCCAGUCCCUCCCUCUCUCCGCGCUAAAGGGUGCGGUCAUCGGUCUUGAUGCGUCGCACUACAUCCAACAACACCUGGUUAACCAGUCGACCCGCGAGGCCCUGCUCGGCGCUCUAGGCGGCUUUCCCUUCGCCCUAAAAGCUAACAUCGAGAAGGAGCUGCAGACCUUCAAGAGUCUCGGUGUUGGAUGCAUUUUUGUCUUCAAUGGCCUGGAUUUCGGCAAGCAGGAUGAGAAGCCUCGCAACCAGUCCGCCAUGGUACGCUCCUUUGAGCAGGCCUGGGAGCUCUACGACCAGCAACAAGCGGAUCAAGUCGUGGAUGCCUUCAGCAAUGCCGGUAUGACCACACUCCUAGCCCAGAUGUCGGAUAUCUGGUCCCCUUCGCUACCGCCCAGGAUUCUCUGUGCCUCCCCGCCGAUGGCCCUAGUCGACGCUGACGAUGAUACCUCAGGGACGCCACCCCCGGAAACCCUCUACAAGUUCCUGCAGCGGAUCCUCUUCCAGAAUGGCAUCUCCUUCAUGGUGGCACCCUAUAGCGCCUGUGCGCAGCUCGCCUACCUCGCUCGUGGCGCCAACCCCGUGAUCGAUGCCGUUUACGGACCUUCCGAAACCCUGAUGUUUGACAUUGAUAAGCUGGUGACUCGCAUCGAGAUCGAGCCCGCGCAAUUCUCAUGGCUCACAAAGCAGACUCUCCAGGAAGAACUGGGCCGUCUAUCUAAUGAACAAUUCCUAGAUUUCUGCUUACUCCUCGGAUCACCCUUCCUGCGAUCCUUCCCGCUGUUCGAGAACCCUGCCUUCCCCGGAAAGCUCCCCACCGUUCGCGAUGCGUUGCCAAUGUUCAAUGCCGCCGGCCGAAGUGCUUUGACCCUGUGCGCUCAGUUCGAGGACGAACGUCGUAUGCAGGAACUCGACUAUACGAGGCGGUACAAGAAGGCGUACCUGGUUGUGAAGCACCAUGUGUUUAUUGAUAUCGAGGGACGCGUUGGUCCCAUGGACCAGGAACAUACGUCGUCGGAUAUGCAUGAGCUCAUCGGCCUGCGCCUCCCCGAGGAGUUGUACUUCUACCUGUCCAAGGGCGUUCUUGGCCGGGAUGUUCCCAAUUUCCUCACAUCGGGCGAAGUACGCCUCUCGCUCCCAUUGGGCACCGAAGACACCGAGGUAUACCGUCAACUCGUUGCCGAUACUCUGACUCCAAUCCGCGCACAGUCUAUUGGUCUCCUGGCCAAUUGCCUCCACAGAUUCUACCAGACCAAAGUCAUCACCAUUCGACCUUGGUUUGAUGAAAACUCAGAAGAGAGGCAGAUCAACCUUAGGGAACUCCCAUCAGUCAAAGAGACCAUUCAAGCUUGGAAAAUUUCCAGUGAUAAGUUCCCCGAGGAUGUGAAAAAGCUGCAGGCCCCCCGAGGAUCCUUCAAAUUCGCCAUCCAGAGUUUGAACAACUCCGAAUUCGUGGCAAAGACAUUCGCGACCAGAGAGACUCCCGUCUUGUCAAAGCAAGAGGAUAUACUUUCAAACGUUAUGUGGCGAUUCUUGCAGCUGCGCGGAUACGUCGACGACAAGCACAACCUAACUGCAUGGGGCAAGUGCCUGGAGCAAGCUCUGUCGGCUGUGGAUCCUACCGACAAUCUGGAGGAUGCUAUAUUCAUUGCCAUCGAAAUGCUUCGUAUGAACCUUCUCAACACUAAGCACUGGUUCUCACAUGUUUCCGGCGGUCCAAUGAGAGGCUCGGAGGAGGACAAGACCUUCAAUAUGCUGGUGUCUCGUGUGGCCUGCAUCGCGAAGUUGCAGCACAAGCCCAUUGGAUACUCUGGUCCUUUAAGCCGACAACUCCUUUGCUACCGCUCCUUGGUUUCUGAAGUCCGCACCUCGUUGAGGAAUCUCAUUGAGAUCGUACUGGCGAGUCUACUACUGAGUGGCGAGGUUUCUCGAGACCGUAAGGACUGGGUCGAGCUGGCAGUGAAGCUCCCCUUCAUUGAUGAUAAUGACUGUGGUCUUGGUAUCGCUGUGCGUACCUAUCUGGAUGAUCUUCCUCUGCAAGCAAACCCCACCUCCCCCGAAGCUCGGCAGGAGGUUAAGUCUAAGGGCAAGGAAUGGUUCCAGCAUAGCGAAAGCUUCACCGGAAAUCUGGACCUGGCUUUCAAGCUGUGGGAUGCAGUCUACAAGGGAACGCAGAACGCGAGCAAGGAGUUCAAGGAGGCGAAGCUGUGGGAUGAUGCUAACAAGUGGUUAGCGGAACGGCGAUGA